GGUGAGGGAAGAGAGAGAGCAGCCAGCAGCGAUAGAACACAAAUUUGAUACAAUGAGUUCAUCAGCCCCCGAACUGAACACCGUCUUUGUGGUGCCUCCCAAAGUCGUCUCUCCUCUGCCACCUCCUCCACCUCCGUACCCUAGUAACCAUCCUCAAGUUCUUCUAUAUCCUGGGUACCAAACCCAAGUGGCCUUACCUUAUGAGCAAGAAAAUAUGGUACACAAGAUCUGGAAAGAAGGCAAAGUAUUAGGGGCCAUCCAGAUCUUGAUUGGACUGAUACACAUUGGCUUUGGGGCUGUUCUAGUAAUUACGAUGACUUGGGGAUACUUUUCAAUCUCUGUUGUGGGAGGGUAUCCCUUCUGGGGAGGACUUUCAUUUAUCAUUUCUGGAUCUUUUUCUGUGUCAGCCCAGAAGGCACCAGUCACUCGAUGCCAAGUAAAUGGAAGCGUGGGAAUGAAUAUUGUCAGCGCCAUCUUCUCAGUUAUAGGUAUCAUCCUUCUCAUCACAGAGCUAAGUAACUUGUGGGGAAAAGAUCUCUAUGAUGAGCCUCACCACUACUACUACUACAGCGGUGUGUCUACAGGAAGAGGGAUUUCCUCCAUGUUGCUCCUCUUUUCCAUCCUGGAGUUUGUCAUCACCUCCAUGAUCUCCCAUUCUGGAUGCCGAAUGGCUUGCUGCCAGACCAACCAGGUGCCUCCAGUUGCAACCCCGGCUCAAAUAGUACAUCCGGUGAUCAUCCCUCAACAAGGAGUUGAUCCUCCAUUUUAUUCAAACGUGUCAUUGGUCAACAAUAAUCCAGCCCAAGGAGGAACUUUGCCUGGGGAGGAAAUGAUACCAUACCAGCUCUCCUGAAUUUCCUUAGCCAAUUUCCAUCUUUCUUGGUGCAUCCUGGUUGUGGUCUCUCAGUCCGGCCCUUGGACCAAGGGCCAAAGACGAGCCAAGAUUGAAUGGAUCCAUGGGCAGCGCUCCCUCCCUCUCCUCUUCCACUAAGUCCUUGUGCAAACCUUCCAUGUCUUAUUUCUUCCAUAAAAAUGGGGAAACGAGUCAAUGUGACUCGGAGCAUCCUUUACUGGCUCUGGGAAGGCCUCUCCAGGGGUGCACAGUCUGCACGCGCACAUAUUCCAAGGGUAGAGGACGCUGAUCUGAGACGUGGUUUCUAGGAGAUUUCUUCUUUUGUUUGGCUUUGGCUGUGGCUCAAAAAAUAGCUCAUUUAUUAUACACCUUUUGAUUUGAAAAAUAAAUUUUGUUGAUCUGUUUUAUUACUA